AUGAAAGUAAACACAAAUCGACGGUUGCUAAUAAUCUGUAACAGCUAACUACCUGAAAUGUAAUUUAAAGGGAGUUUAAAUGUAACAGAUGGAAAGGACACACGUUGCUAAGAAAACACGGCGAGAUAGACAGACCUAACUCCCGCAAUGUUUUCAAUGAAAUCAUCCGAGGAGGAAUCCUCAGAGAUGGAGGAUAUGGAUACCUCCGAGACCAACUGGUGCUGGUUCUACCUGGCUGAAUGUGGAGUGUGGCAUAUGUUUGAGAUUGAUCCUAGCGCUGCAUGUUCUGUAACAAGUGCUCAAAUUGAGCAGUGUUACAAUAGAAACCAACGUGGCGUAAUGGAGUUCUAUACUGCCAAGUAUACCUACAGGUUGGAUUUUUCAGCAGUUAUGAGACAAAUAAAUGUAACUACUGGGAAGCAAAGGCCAAUCAAACGCUCUCUCCAAUCUGCAACUGGAUUUAGGUUUAUAUGUGAUAAUCUUGCUCUGCCUGUUCCAUGUCACUGGGAACGAAUCAACACAGAUGAGCCCUAUCAGCUUAUCCAACUUGGUCGAGACACAUAUGAAUUCAAAGAAGUAGCUCGACUUUAUGAACGAACUAUGGACCAUCCCAUUAAAUCUGUACAAAGAGUCCAAAAUCUCGAUUUAUGGGAGUUUUUCUGCAGGAAGAAAACACAACUGCGUAAAGUGAAACGUACCCUGGAUAUUGAAGAACGAAUGCUGUUUCAUGGCACGGGACACAGUAAUGUACAAGCAAUAUGUACUUUUAACUUUGACUGGCGACUGACUGGAAGUCAUGGAGAUGUCUAUGGCAAAGGAAGCUACUUUGCAAGAGAUGCGAAAUACUCCAGUAAAUUUUGCCACACUACAAACAAACACAAUACCACCUUACAGAGACAUGGACUCACUCCGCCAAUAUUUGCUAGUGAGCCUCCUUAUAAGACGAUGUUCCUGGCAAGGGUGCUAGUCGGAGAAUUCACCGUUGGACGUCCCCUCUACUGCAGACCUCCCUCUAAGGAUGCAAGCUUUAUCAACUUUUAUGACAGCUGUGUCGAUGACUUGGCCAAUCCAAAGAUAUUUGUUAUAUUUGACAGCAAUCAAAUAUAUCCAGAAUAUAUUAUUGAGUUCUACUGACACCUGAACAAGAUUUUGCAUAUGUUCUUUUUUGGGACAAUUUUGACCAUUCAGAUGUGUGUCUAAAAGAGGGGUCACCAACCUUUUUGCCCCAGAGCAGCUGUGGCUACAAUAGUUUUAGCUUACCACCACAAGUGUGGAGUGAAUGAAUAAUGGAAUGUAAAGCACUUUGAGUGUCUUGAGAGGUGCUAUACAAAUCUAAAGCAUUCCUCCACAGAUGGCUGAGAUAGGGUGAGGAGCUCAGUCACACAGGAGGAGCUUGGGGUAGAACCACUGCUUCUCCACAUCGUGAGGAAUCAGCUGAGGAGGCUCAGGCAUUUGUUUCUCCUGAACACCUCCUUGAGGAGGUGCUCCGGCUAUGUCCCAGGAGGAAGACACAGAGAAAGCCCAAGACACACCGGAGGAACUAUGUCGCUCAGCUGGCCUGGGAAUGCCUAGGGAUCCUCCCGGAAGGGCUGGAGGAGGUGUGUGUGGAAACGGAUGUCUGGGCAUCCUGUUGCCUCCAUAAUGUGGCCUUGGAUAAAGAGGUAGAAAAUUGAUGGAUGGAUUAUUUUCAGGUCUGAGGGCUACUUCAAGAGCACCAAGUUGGUUGACACCAGAUAUGAAGUUGACAUUUUCAAAUCAAACUUUUGAUAAAAUAGCUUUUACAAAUAAAUCAGCACUAGAAUGGUUAAUUUCAAAAACAUUAGACAUGAUGUCCCAUUUAUAUUAGAAUUUGGUCUUCUGGUUCUCAAGCAGGAUUUUCCAAUCAGAACACUUAAUGAGGCUCACAUGAGUCUCUCAUUUUGAUUACAAUUUGCGAAAGCACGCUCUGAUCUGAGUCAUCACUACCCAAACUAGAGCUGGACCAUACGGUCAAAAAAUGAAAUAAAAUCCCUUAUCAUAUGCUUUUAUUUAAGAUAUUGUAAACCACCUUAAAUUACUUUUGUAUAGAUAUAAUUGUUAUUGCACAAUAACUUUGUUUUACAAGUAAGAAAGUCAGGAGUAUAUUUGUUUCAUAAUCUUGAUUUCACGAUUUUGCAAUUUUGCAAAAUCAUUAAAACACAAAUUCAUUGAAUUAAAUCAGUUCAUUUAAAUUAAAUGGGGCUACAGUUACAUUAUACAAUUUUAAGCAAAUUAUUUACCUAUAAGUAUUUACUGUAUUUAUUUAUUUGAGUGACAUUUGUAUUUUCUUUGUCAGUGUAUAUAUCUGGUAGAUGAAAGUACUUCAGGGCAUAAUUAUAUUUCAAACUCACAUUCCAGGUUGUUGUGUCCCUAGGCAAGGCACUUCACCCACAUUGCCUAGUAUGAAAGUGAUGUGUGCACGAGUGAUGGUGGUGGUCGUGGACCGAUGGCUCAGAUUGGGAGCUGGGCUUCCGUCAGUCUGCCCCAGGGCAGCUGUGGCUACAGUAGUAGCUUACCUUCACCGGGUGUGGAGUGAAUAAAUAAUACUCUGUAAAGCGUCUUUGUGAAAAGCAUAGGACAUAUAUUUAAAACAUUUAUGUCAGUUUGGCACCUUAAGCAGCUUGUAACUUUGUGGUCUCUUAGGCUAUUUUGAAAAAUAGAAAUAUAUUCUGGAGCUGCCACGCUUUUCUGUCGCAAUUUCUUGUUCACAACAUAUUCUACACUCAAAUAGCCUAGUUUUUAGCCUAGCAUGAAAUAUUGAGAGAGCAGUACUAUUUUGUAGGGCAACUCCUUAUGGGAACCUGAGAAAGCCACAAAGGACACAAGGUUGGUGACCUCUGGUAUAAAAGAACCAUGUAUGCCUUAAGGGAACAUUCAACAACUUGAAGGACGUCAAGACUAGUAUAGUGUGCAAUCACUGUGCCAGAUCAUUGUUUAUUUAUUAUCAUACAUGAUACAAAGCUGUCUUUGUGCUCCUGCAGUACUCAUGUCGUGUUAGCUUUGUUAGUCUCAAGAUUUUAAUGUGAGCAUUUUUAGAUUGGCCUUAAAAGUGGCACUAUGAGCUUUCAGCAAUUCUAAACUGUGCAGCAUGUACCUGCUUCACUCAUUAGUGCUGUUGUUUGUGUCGUAGUUAUUGUUUUUAUUGAGUAUGGAAUAAUUUUGUAAUUAUUUCAAAUUACUUUUAACUACCCUUUCUGUGAAAGGAUUUGUGUAUACUGUGUAUAUGUUUUUUUUGUUUGUUUUAAUUAUUUUAAUACAGAUAUGCACAUUCAACUCAAAUAUGACUCAAAUAUAUGACAGGAACAGAACACCAAUGGGAGGGAAUCCACUUAAAAGGUGUACUGCACAACUUGGUGCUGGUGUGGUGUUGUGAGAUAUUAUUGCUUUGCCUAGAAUUUUCCACAGUAUGGCUUUAUACUUACCUAUGGGGACAUGCAGGUGAUUCCACCAAGUACAAGUGAGGUCUGUGGAGAGGCAAGCCCACUCCUCAUAAGAAUUUUAGUUUUUCAAGGUAUUGUUGAGCCAUAAACAUACCUGUGAUUAAAUGGUGAUUCUUGAUUUGAGACAAAGCAGGUUCUCAUAAAAGCAUUCUACAUUUAUGAGAAUUAUAUAUCUCUGUAGAGUAAGGUCUAAGAUUUACAGAAACGCAAACGAACAUGUUCUAAAUAAAAAACGUUUUUUCCUAAAAUAUAGCAUAUUUCAUAGUAUAAUUAUUGUCAGCUCCAUCAGACACACAAAACUUGUAGUUUGUGUUCUUUCUAUUUCAUUGUUAUAAAAUACAUUUUUGUAAAUAAGUAACACUCAUUAGGUUGUAGAUCCUAUUGCCCUAUUAAACCCCAUAAACUGAAUUGAAAUAAUCAAUUUGAUUUGAAAAAAAAUCUACAUAUUGUUACGUUUUAGAGAUAACUUGUUCUGUCCAAACUCAAGAAUCACCAAAAUGCAAGAUAUUUUAAUGCUUUCAUUUAAUGAAAUGUCUGGAUUUGGACUACAAUUACGAUUAUUGAUUGUAAUGACAAAUAAAAUUACUUUAAAUGAA